AUGGGUCGUAUGCACGCACCGGGCAAGGGCAUUUCGUCCUCUGCUCUCCCCUACCGCCGCACUCCUCCUUCGUGGCUCAAGACCACUCCUGAGGAUGUCGUUGAUCAGAUCGUCAAGCUUGCCCGCAAGGGUUUGACCCCAUCCCAGAUUGGUGUUACUCUCCGUGACUCGCACGGAAUCCCCCAGGUCCGCUUCGUCACCGGAAACAAGAUCCUCCGUAUCCUCAAGUCCCAAGGACUUGGGCCUUCCAUCCCUGAGGACCUUUGGCACCUCAUCAAAAAGGCGGUCUCUGUGCGCAAGCACCUUGAGGUCAACAGGAAAGACAAGGACUCCAAGUUCCGUCUUAUCUUGAUCGAGUCCAGAAUUCACAGACUCGCCCGUUACUACAAGACCAAGCAGCAGAUCCCCCCUACCUUCAAAUACGACUCUGCUACCGCUUCUACCCUCCGAUAUGCCCCGACACCCACCUUGACUUCAGUCUUUAUCGAUCUAAGGCUAAACGUUCGUUAUACGACCCCAACUGUCUUCAACCCCAUCACCACCGCGAACAUUGUUUCUGUCAUGUCGAGGUCGGUGCGUGCAAUUGUCGGAUUGCAAUUUCGUUCCGCCGAAGGAAUCAUACGUAUCCUUCCUCAAGAAAUGCUCGAUAUGAUAAUCGAGCAACUCCGUGUGCCAGAUAAUCUCGACCCAGACAACGAAGACUGGACUGCCGUACGAUUUAUACUAUGUAAAUUGAGACGUGUGUCGCAAAGUUUCAACGAGGCGGCGUCGCGCGUGUUGUUUCGCCAAAUGCUCUCCAAAUCAGGGCGAACGCAUUCUAUGUUUCUGCGCACUCUGUUAAAAAAUCGUCGCCUGGCGCGCCAUGUACGCAUUUACUCUACACCAACAUCGGAAACCCGCACUGGUCACGUCUAUAAAUACAUCAAACAGUGUCUUCCCCUCAUGACUGGCCUAAAUGACUUGGUUUAUCGAACGAUUGAAAACCCUCUCGUACCUGGAAGUUCUGAGCGACAACCUCUUCCCCGACAUUUCCCCAACUUGAAGACCAGGAAGAGACCAUUUCAACUCAUUAAUUUUACAUGGCACUCGGACGCAAGGCGCCCUGAGGAAGAUGAAAAGGCGCUCGAGUUUCUCACUACCCAAAACAGCUUGGUUUACUUGAGAUGGAUAUCAACAAGGCCCCUCCCUCCAAGCUACAAGGAGAAGAUACCCCUCAAUCUUCGUUACCUGGACUCCUCUGUGGAAGUUCUCGUCGCUGUUCUCCCAGAGCGUGAUAGCAUUGAGGGAGUGCGAUGGCGGAUGCACAGACCAGAACUUUUGAACCAUCUUUCUACAGCGGACAUCGCAGAUCUCUGCCGCAAACUUUGCCGGAUGGAUAAGUUCCUCAACCUGACUUUUCUCAGUCUCGCGCAUGGGUAUGAGGAAGCGGCACUCCAAUACCUGUGUUCCACGGCUGAAUCGUUUCCCCAAAUGAUCGGCCUUGUAUUGGGGGAUAUUAAGUUUGCUUUUGAUAUGAAUUUGGGUCAAACGUUUCCAGCACUGCGACAAAUUUUCUUUUCGAACGUUUCAGAGCACAACGACGUAACCCAAGUCAAGAAGAAAGUUGAAUAUGUGUUUAAGUGCAAUCUAUUUAUCCGCCAUGUCAAUAUUCGACGGGAAUCCAACUGGCAUCCAUAUGAAUGGAAUUUCUUCACGGAGUGGAGACAAGGAGGACUUCAAGGACCAGUGAGCCGGACCUGGGAGUUGACACCAGAAUACCAAUACUGUCAACUUGUGUUCGAGCACACGAACAUAUUUGGGUUAAACCCACUAAUUGACACUAGCCCGUUCUGA